UGCGUUCCGGAACAGAAGAUUUCCUCAGUUCAUGAAAGAAAUGGCCUAUCAAUCGCCCUCCAACGCAGUCAAUUAAUUCCCUGCGCGAUUGCAGCGGGUCAGUCUUCCCAAGAAGGAAGCUCAAUUGCAGAGGGAACGGCGAUGUCGCCGGGAAGGUUCUUGGCUAAUUCCCGUAUCCGCAAUACGACGUUGCAAGGGAGAGUCAAAUUCAUGGGUCUCGCAGUGGGAUCCACCACCGUAUCUUCCGCGUAUGGGAGAAUAUCCCUUGACACGUUAUAAGGGCAGUCCGCCGACGCGCAUCCUGGUGAAAGAGAUCGCAGCUUCAAGCGACGAGGCAUCUUGGACACCUGGCUCAUCCCAAGAUGCAACUUCUCAGCAUCGCCGGCCUGCUCCUCUGCACGCUCCCCUCCCUGGGGAGCGCCAAAACAUUCGUUACUCGCCAGGCCCCGGCAGAGGCAAACGUGACGACCGCGGUUCCCCGGAGCUACAUCAUCGAGUAUGCUGCGGGCUCGACCAAGUCCCGCCGUGACAUUGCGCUUGCUGCCGAUAUCAAGGUCGUCAAGGACUUUGAGACGGACGUCUUCUCGGGCGCGAGCAUCGAGACGGACAACCACAAUGUCGACAGUUUGUUGAAAGUUGCGGGCAUUGUUCGCGCCUGGCCCAACAAGCUUGUUGCCGUCUCCCCUGUGGAGGGUUUGACGUCUAUCGAGGAUGCCGCCACGGCUACUAAUUACACAACGCACAAUGCCACCGGUGUCAGUAAGCUUCACGACAGGGGCAUCUUCGGUAAGGGUGUCAAAGUCGGGGUUGUUGAUUCUGGGACGUGGUAUAACCAUCCCGCGUUGGGUGGAGGCUUUGGGCCCGGUUUUAAGGUAGCCGGUGGAUAUGACCUGGUUGGCGACGGGCUGUGGCCAUCCGGCGGUCCCAAGGAGCCUGACGAUGACCCACAAGAUCAGAUUGGACAUGGUACACAUGUUGCUGGAAUCAUCGCUGGCAAGAAUGAAUUUUGGACUGGAGUGGCACCAGAAGCGGAAUUGUAUUCCUACAAAAUCUUUGCUCAAUAUGAAUCAACGGAUGAUGCAACGCUCAUUGAGGCUUUCCUCAGGGCAUACACUGAUGGUGUUGAUAUCAUCACCGCCAGUAUUGGUAGCCCAGGAGGUUGGUCAAGCGACGCCUGGGCUGAAGUCGCCUCUCGUCUUGUAGACGAGGGUGUGGUUGUUACCAUCGCAAACGGCAACGCUGGCGCUGCGGGGGCAUUCUUCGGGAGCGACGGUUCAUCUGGAGCGAACGUGCUUGCGGUCGCCUCAGUUGAGACCGAGAUUUAUCCCGCGUCGCCCUUUGAGCUCACCUCGACGCUUGAUGGCGAGACGGUAACUGUCAAGGCUGGGUAUUUACCAUCGACUUUCUAUUUCUCGUCCAACGUGACCGACUGGCCCAUCAUACCCAUGAACUUCAACACCACUGACCCUGCCGAUGGCUGCCAGCCCUACCCUAACGGCACGCGAAGACUAGAGGGCGUGAUCCCCUUGGUCAGGAGGGGCACCUGCACGUUCGCCACCAAGCAGCAGAACCUGUUUGCUUUGGGUGCAGAGUACAUGCUGUUUUAUAACAACGAAAGUCCACUCGCCACGCCUGGCACUGAUGACGACGAUGGCCUCAUCGGGCUCAUCACUGCAGAGGCAGGCAAGUCUAUCAUCGAGACAGUCCAAGCGGGUGGCAAUGUCACCGCAGAUUUCUCCCUAAAUCCCGAGGCAGUCGUUGGCCUGGAAUACCCUGCUGGCGGUCGGCCUAGCGUGUUCACGUCCUGGGGAGCCUCGAACGAUUUGCAGAUCAAGCCCGAUAUUGCUGCUCCUGGUGGCCAGAUCUUCAGUACAUAUCUUGACAACACGUACGUUCUGCUUUCAGGGACUUCAAUGGCGACCCCUUAUGUUGCUGGCGUCGCGGCUCUGUACAUCAGUGUUCAUGGUGGCCGAUCUGUACAUGGCAAGGAUUUCGCCCGGUCGCUGCACCGCCGCAUUAUCGCGAGCGGGACAUCCCUCCCCUGGUCAGAUGGAACAGCCACCGACUAUGGCUUUGCCGCUCCAGUAGCCCAAGUUGGUAACGGGUUGAUUAACGCCUUCAAGAUUGUCAACUAUACCACGGAUAUCUCAUUCGACAAGAUGGCUCUCAACGACACCAAGCAUUUUAACCCUAACCACGAUUUGACCAUCACUAACAACGGAGGCGAGGCGGUGAGCUACGAGUUCUCCUACGAGGCUGCUGCUGGGGUAGAAACCUUGGGGUGGUACAAGUUUAGUGAGCCUUGGGUGGGGGAGAAGAGGCUUAAGGAUUUCUCCGCGAUGAAGCCCACCAGUCUUCCAAUCGACGUCUCUUUGCCAGACGGCUUUUCCCUUGGUCCAGGUGAAAGCAAGACCGUAACGGUAACGUUCCCCAACCCGAACGGCCUGGGCUGGAACGCAUCAGCACUCCCUGUCUACAGCGGCAAGGUCAUCGUCUCUGGCAACAAUGGAGAGCAACUCUCGGUUCCAUACCUAGGCCUCGCGGCGGACCUGAAUGCUGAGGUCAGCCCCAUAAACCGGCCUUCAUACCCUUUCACCAAUCAAAGGGACUAUGUCUACUCUUUCAACCUGAGCAUAAGAGUCCAAGACUUCCCAACAAUCUACUCUAAGCUCAUCUGGGGAAGCAAGGAGGUCCGCUGGGACAUCUACGAGGCAGGUUGGACGGAAGAGCAAUGGGAAUAUCCACCGGUGCCGGGCGAGAACGGCUACAUCGGCCCCGCCACCAGCCACGUCCAAGCCGAAACUCUGAGUGUCUUCGAUCCGAGCCGUUACGACCCGGACGACACCUUUACCUACCCGGUGAUGGACUUGAACCGUAACGCCCAAACGCAGAAUGCGGCUCACCAGUUCUGGUGGUUUGGCAAACUGGGCAACGGGAGUCAGAUCGAGCUGGGGAACUACACGAUGCGUUUUGCUACACUUCGACCGUUUGGAGACCCUACUGUUAGCGAUGGCUGGGACAUCUUCAAGACCCCAGAUAUUCAGGUGACUGGGAAGUACCCGAGAUCAAAUGGAACGGUGUUUUAGCCUCAUCUGUGGCGGUCUUAGACCCCGACCAAGAGUUGCAGAUUUUAAAAUCAAGGUCUGCUGCUACAGAUUUGAGAACUCAGGCGGUCAACGGGAAGAAGACGAGAUACAAAAUAAAACAACAUUUGAAAUUCAA